AUGUAUGGCUGUGCUUAUCUUUUGUCUCUAGUGCUGAUCUACAUCUCCUCCAAAUUCCGCCGUCAAAUUCCUUGUAUUUCGCUCAGAAUCGACGAUUUUGUGAGCCAAUUUCCGCUGCGUGUUCGUCCUGUUCAUCCAGUUCGUGUUCGACCGGCACUGCCGGCCCGGCCACCAUCACCAAGCCACCGCGCGCAUCCGCAGCAAGAGCGCCACCUGCGCCUCCCCGCCUGGACCCACCAGCACUCGCCUGCACGCCCCAACGCGCCCGGGCGCCCGCGGCAGCCAACCACCAGCCGCCCGCCCGCCACGGCCAACGCCACGCGCGCCCACCCACGCCGAGCACGCCCGCCCGGCCGCAUCACGAGCGCGCAGCACCGCCACCAAGCGCCUCCGCCACCAGCACCGCUCGCCCCGCCCAGCCUAGGCCCAAGGCCCCGCUCCCCUCCACGCCGCUGCAGGCCACCACCGCCAUCCGCUGCCCCCGCACAGCCCCGCCUGGCCCACUCGCUCGCCGCCGGCCCAAGCACGCGCCACCACCUUGAUUCCGUUCUGCUCAAGCCGCCGGCCAAGCCCAUCACCCGCGCAGAAUCCACCAAGCAUCACCAGCUCGCGCUCGAUUUUCAUCUGCCGGCACUGCCGUGCUGCUUCAACCAGCACUGCCGCACGCGACACUCCGGCACUGCCGGCCAUAUCACAGCGGCACUGCCGCCCAUGUCCAUCCGCUGUUCAAGUUUCAGCUCACUUUGA